GGAGCGCGAUCUGCGCGGGUGGCUGCGGCAGCGCCCUGCUCCCACGGCUCGGAUUUUCGGCCCAGCGAAGUAGCCUCCAGCGGUGGCGGCGGCGUCCGGGCGAUGCCGCGGGACCCCUCGGGCGCCGGUGUCCUGGCCUCUUCCUAAGAACGAAGAACAAACUAAAUGCAUCUCAAAAUGAUCCUAAAUCCUCCCGACGGAGCAGCCUGCCACCUGAACUCCUCAUAGGAAAUGACAUUAGAGGAAAACUUCAAAGAAACAUUAAGAACUUGGAACCCUUUCACCUGAGGCGCCCCAAAAAGAGACCGUCCAUAUUUCCAGCUUCUCCAGUUGGCAACGGCUACAUCAAGCCUCCGGUUCCACCUGCUUCAGGCACACACAGGGAGAAAGGGCCGCCAACCAUGUUACCCAUCAACGUGGACCCCGACAGCAAACCAGGAGAAUAUGUCCUCAAGAGCUUGUUUGUCAACUUCACCACUCAGGCCGAACGCAAAAUCCGCAUCAUUAUGGCAGAGCCACUGGAAAAGCCAUUGACAAAAUCUCUGCAGCGUGGAGAAGACCCCCAGUUUGACCAAGUCAUCAGCUCCAUGAGCUCCCUCUCUGAGUACUGCCUUCCCUCCAUUCUACGAACACUGUUUGACUGGUACAAAAGACAAAAUGGCAUUGAGGAUGAAUCCCACGAAUACAGGCCAAGAACAAGCAAUAAAUCUAAAAGUGAUGAACAGCAGCGAGAUUAUCUAAUGGAAAGACGGGACCUCGCCAUCGAUUUUAUUUUUUCUUUAGUAUUAAUAGAAGUAUUGAAGCAGAUUCCACUUCAUCCUGUAAUAGAUGGUUUAAUUCAUGAUGUUAUUAACUUGGCUUUCAAGCACUUUAAAUACAAAGAAGGGUAUCUUGGUCCUAACACGGGCAACAUGCACAUUGUGGCCGAUCUGUAUGCCGAAGUCAUUGGAGUGUUAGCACAAGCUAAAUUCCCUGCUGUCAAGAAGAAGUUUAUGGCAGAGUUAAAAGAAUUACGGCACAAAGAGCAAAAUCCGUAUGUGGUGCAGAGCAUUAUCAGCUUGAUAAUGGGAAUGAAAUUCUUUCGAAUUAAAAUGUAUCCAGUGGAAGACUUUGAGGCCUCCCUUCAAUUUAUGCAGGAAUGUGCCCAUUAUUUCCUUGAAGUCAAAGACAAAGAUAUCAAACAUGCCUUGGCUGGACUCUUUGUGGAAAUCCUUGUCCCAGUUGCGGCUGCUGUUAAAAAUGAAGUGAAUGUUCCCUGCCUUAGAAACUUCGUGGAAAGCCUAUAUGAUACCACUCUGGAGCUUUCUUCUAGAAAGAAGCAUUCCUUGGCCUUGUACCCCCUGGUGACCUGUCUGCUCUGCGUCAGUCAGAAGCAGCUGUUCCUGAAUAGGUGGCAUGUUUUUCUUAACAACUGUUUGUCCAACCUUAAGAAUAAAGACCCCAAAAUGGCUCGAGUGGCCCUGGAAUCUCUCUACAGAUUACUGUGGGUUUACAUGAUUCGAAUUAAAUGUGAGAGCAACACGGCGACGCAGAGCCGACUUAUAACCAUCAUCACAACACUUUUCCCCAAAGGGUCCCGCGGUGUGGUGCCCAGGGAUAUGCCUCUGAACAUCUUUGUGAAAAUCAUCCAGUUCAUUGCCCAGGAACGUUUAGAUUUUGCAAUGAAAGAAAUCAUUUUUGAUUUUCUUUGUGUGGGAAAACCAGCUAAAGCUUUCAGUCUCAAUCCAGAGAGAAUGAACAUUGGUUUACGGGCAUUCUUGGUAAUAGCUGACAGCCUGCAGCAGAAAGAUGGUGAGCCUCCCAUGCCAGUGACAGGAGCCGUACUCCCCUCUGGAAACACAUUGAGAGUCAAGAAAACAUACUUGAGUAAAACGCUAACUGAAGAGGAAGCCAAAAUGAUAGGCAUGUCCUUGUAUUACUCUCAAGUACGAAAAGCUGUAGACAACAUUUUAAGGCACCUGGAUAAAGAAGUAGGACGGUGUAUGAUGCUAACCAAUGUCCAGAUGUUAAACAAAGAACCCGAAGACAUGAUCACGGGUGAGAGAAAGCCCAAAAUCGAUCUCUUCAGGACCUGUGUUGCUGCUAUUCCUCGACUGCUUCCUGAUGGGAUGUCAAAACUUGAACUUAUUGACUUGUUGGCCAGGCUCUCUAUUCAUAUGGAUGACGAACUGCGACAUAUUGCACAGAAUUCUCUUCAGGGCUUACUCGUUGACUUCUCAGACUGGAGAGAAGACGUGCUGUUUGGCUUUACCAACUUCCUGCUCCGGGAGGUCAACGACAUGCAUCACACACUGCUGGACUCAUCCCUGAAGUUGCUGCUGCAGCUGCUCACCCAGUGGAAGCUGGUCAUACAGACCCAAGGAAGAGCCUAUGAACAGGGCAACAAAAUCAGAAACUCAGAGCUCAUUCCCAAUGGUGCCAGCCACAGGAUCCAGUCGGAGCGAGGCCCUCACUGCAGUGUCCUCCACGCCGUGGAAGGCUUUGCUCUGGUUUUACUCUGCAGUUUCCAGGUGGCCACACGCAAACUGUCUGUGUUAAUCCUGAAGGAAAUCCGAGCUCUGUUUCAUGCCCUGGGCCAGCCAGAGGAUGAUGACAGGCCAAUGAUUGAUGUCAUGGAUCAGCUAAGUUCUUCCAUUCUCGAAAGUUUUAUUCAUGUAGCAGUUUCGGAUUCAGCAACGUUACCUCUGACCCACAACGUGGAUCUGCAGUGGUUGGUGGAAUGGAAUGCAGUCCUGGUCAAUAGCCAUUAUGAUGUGAAGAGCCCUUCCCACGUCUGGAUAUUUGCACAGUCCGUCAAAGACCCCUGGGUCCUCUGCCUUUUCAGCUUCCUCCGGCAGGAGAACUUGCCCAAGCACUGCCCCACAGCCCUCAGCUAUGCCUGGCCUUAUGCCUUCACUCGGCUCCAGUCAGUGAUGCCUCUGGUGGACCCCAACAGCCCAAUUAAUGCCAAGAAAACCAGCACUGCGGGCAGUGGAGACAACUAUGUUACCUUGUGGAGAAACUACCUUAUUCUCUGUUUUGGAGUCGCAAAACCCAGUAUUAUGAGCCCAGGACAUUUACGAGCUUCCACUCCAGAAAUAAUGGCGACCACGCCCGAUGGUACAGUGAGCUACGAUAACAAGGCCAUAGGCACCCCAUCGGUGGGAGUUCUGUUAAAGCAGUUGGUGCCUUUGAUGAGACUAGAGAGCAUUGAGAUCACAGAGUCCUUAGUUUUAGGAUUUGGAAGAACAAAUUCCCUUGUUUUCAGAGAAUUGGUAGAAGAACUUCAUCCAUUAAUGAAAGAGGCUCUAGAAAGAAGACCAGAGAACAAGAAGCGCCGAGAACGGCGAGACUUGUUAAGGCUACAGUUACUCCGCAUUUUUGAGCUUCUGGCUGAUGCAGGUGUCAUAAGUGACAGCACAAAUGGAGCCUUAGAACGGGAUACAUUAGCCCUUGGAGCUUUGUUCUUAGAAUACGUGGACUUGACCCGCAUGCUCCUAGAAGCUGAAAAUGACAAAGAAGUUGAAAUUCUUAAAGAUAUCCGGGCACAUUUUAGUGCCAUGGUUGCCAACUUGAUUCAGUGUGUUCCAGUGCACCACCGAAGAUUUCUCUUCCCCCAGCAAAGCUUGAGGCACCAUCUCUUCAUCUUAUUUAGCCAGUGGGCAGGACCCUUCAGCAUUAUGUUUACACCUCUGGAUCGUUACAGUGACAGAAAUCAUCAGAUUACAAGAUACCAGUAUUGUGCAUUAAAGGCAAUGUCAGCAGUAUUGUGUUGUGGCCCUGUUUUCGACAAUGUGGGCCUUUCCCCAGAUGGAUACCUAUAUAAGUGGCUUGACAACAUUCUGGCUUGUCAAGAUUUAAGAGUUCAUCAACUUGGCUGUGAAGUUGUUGUCUUGCUAUUGGAACUUAAUCCUGAUCAAAUAAACCUUUUUAAUUGGGCCAUUGACCGAUGCUACACAGGUUCCUACCAACUUGCAUCCGGCUGCUUCAAAGCCAUAGCAACUGUAUGUGGAAGCAGGAACUAUCCCUUCGACAUAGUGACGUUGUUAAACCUCGUUCUAUUCAAGGCUUCUGACACCAACAGAGAGAUUUAUGAAAUCUCCAUGCAGCUCAUGCAGAUUCUUGAAGCAAAGCUUUUUGUAUACUCUAAGAAAGUCUCUGAACAAAGACCCGGCAGUAUUCUGUACGGAACGCACGGACCAUUGCCACCCCUAUACAGUGUGUCACUCACCCUCCUGUCCUCCGAACUGGCCAGGAUGUACCCCGAGCUCACUCUUCCACUGUUCUCAGAGGUAAGCCAGCGGUUCCCCACGACACACCCAAACGGGCGUCAGAUCAUGCUCACCUACCUGCUGCCCUGGCUGCACAACAUCGAGCUGGUGGACAGCAGGCUCCUCCUCCCUGGGUCAAGCCCCAGCAGCCCCGAGGAUGAAGUCAAGGACCGAGAAGGAGAAGUGACAGCCCCUCAUGGGCUGAAAGGGAAUGGCUGGGGCUCUCCAGAAGCCACAUCACUGGUCCUCAAUAACCUCAUGUACAUGACGGCCAAGUAUGGAGAUGAAGUUCCUGGGCCAGAAAUGGAAAAUGCCUGGAAUGCGCUCGCCAACAACGAGAAAUGGAGCAACAACCUGAGGAUCACACUGCAGUUCCUGAUCAGCCUGUGCGGGGUUAGCAGUGACACGGUUCUCCUACCCUAUAUUAAAAAGGUGGCCAUAUACCUAUGCCGCAAUAACACCAUUCAAACCAUGGAAGAACUUCUUUUUGAGCUACAGCAGACUGAGCCCGUGAACCCCAUUGUCCAGCACUGUGACAACCCGCCCUUCUACCGCUUCACUGCCAGCAGCAAGGCCUCCGCAGCCGCUUCCGGAACCACCUCCAGCAGCAAUACAGUGGUCGCUGGCCAGGACAGUUUCCCAGAUGCCGAGGAGAGCAAGAUAUUGAAAGAAUCUGAUGAAAGGUUUAGUAAUGUCAUCAGAGCCCACACCCGCCUAGAGUCCAGAUACAGCAAUAGCUCCGGAGGAUCGUAUGAUGAGGAUAAAAAUGAUCCCAUCUCUCCCUACACGGGCUGGCUGUUGACCAUUACGGAGACCAAACAGCCUCAGCCCUUACCGAUGCCGUGUACUGGAGGAUGCUGGGCCCCCCUGGUUGACUAUCUCCCAGAGACCAUCACUCCACGAGGGCCACUCCACAGGUGCAAUAUUGCUGUGAUUUUUAUGACUGAGAUGGUGGUGGAUCACAGUGUAAGAGAAGACUGGGCUCUCCAUCUACCACUAUUACUCCAUGCUGUCUUCUUAGGUUUGGACCAUUACCGGCCUGAAGUCUUUGAACACAGCAAAAAAUUGCUUCUUCACCUCUUGAUUGCCCUCUCUUGCAACAGCAAUUUUCAUGCCAUUGCUUCUGUGCUCCUGCAGACCCGUGAGAUGGGUGAAGCUAAGACUCUAACUGUCCAGCCAGCUUACCAACCGGAAUAUCUCUAUACAGGUGGCUUUGACUUCCUGAGAGAGGACCAGUCCUCCCCAGUGCCAGAUUCAGGGCUGAGCUCCAGUUCUACCUCCUCCAGCAUCAGCCUGGGAGGCAGCAGUGGGAACCUCCCGCAGAUGACGCAAGAGGUGGAAGAUGUGGACACAGCUGCAGAAACCGAUGAGAAGGCAAACAAGCUCAUUGAAUUCCUGACAACCAGGGCAUUCGGGCCACUUUGGUGCCAUGAAGACAUCACACCCAAAAAUCAAAAUUCAAAGAGCGCCGAGCAGCUCACUAAUUUCCUACGUCACGUUGUGUCCGUAUUCAAAGAUUCCAAAUCAGGUUUUCAUCUGGAACAACACUUGAGUGAAGUGGCACUGCAGACAGCCCUGGCGAGCUCCUCCAGGCACUAUGCUGGCCGGUCCUUCCAGAUAUUCCGGGCCCUCAAGCAGCCUCUGUCUGCACAUGCCUUGUCUGACCUCCUGUCUCGACUGGUGGAGGUGAUCGGAGAACACGGAGAUGAAAUUCAGGGUUAUGUAAUGGAAGCCCUUCUGACCUUGGAGGCUGCUGUGGAUAACCUAUCUGACUGCUUGAAGAACAGUGAUCUCUUAACUGUUUUAUCUCGCUCUUCAUCACCAGAUUUAAGCUCCAGCACUAAACUCACUGCAAGCAGAAAGAGCACAGGGCAACUAAAUGUGAACCCAGGAGCUGCCGGUGGCAACACCACAACCGCAGAACGGAGUCGGCAUCAAAGAAGCUUCUCUGUGCCCAAGAAGUUUGGUGUGGUUGACCGAUCCUCUGACCCACCUCGAAGUGCCACCCUGGACAGAAUUCAGGCUUGUACCCAACAGGGUCUUUCCUCAAAAACCAGAAGCUCCUCCUCUUUGAAGGACAGUCUUACGGACCCCUCCCACAUAAAUCAUCCCACCAACCUGUUGGCCACCAUCUUCUGGGUCACAGUGGCCUUGAUGGAGUCUGACUUUGAGUUUGAGUACCUAAUGGCCUUAAGGCUGUUGAAUCGACUACUAGCCCAUAUGCCACUUGAUAAAGCUGAGAACCGAGAAAAACUUGAGAAACUCCAGGCCCAGCUCAAGUGGGCUGACUUCUCAGGGCUGCAGCAGCUGCUGCUGAAGGGAUUCACAUCUCUCACCACAACCGACCUGACCCUGCAGCUUUUCAGCUCGCUGACCCCCGUGUCCAAAGUCUCCAUGGUGGAUUCAUCCCAAGCUAUCGGGUUUCCACUGAAUGUCUUGUGUCUCCUGCCCCAGCUGAUCCAGCAUUUUGAAAAUCCCAAUCAGUUCUGUAAAGAUAUAGCCGAAAGGAUUGCUCAGGUUUGUUUGGAAGAGAAAAACCCUAAACUUUCAAAUCUUGCACACGUUAUGACUCUUUAUAAAACACACAGUUAUACAAGGGACUGUGCCACGUGGGUCAAUGUGGUCUGUCGAUACCUUCAUGAAGCAUAUGCUGACAUUACCUUGAACAUGGUCACCUACCUGGCAGAGUUGCUGGAGAAAGGUCUCCCCAGUAUGCAACAGCCCCUCCUCCAAGUGAUCUACAGUCUGCUCAGCUACAUGGACCUUUCUGUUGUUCCUGUCAAGCAGUUUAAUGUGGAAGUUCUUAAGACUAUUGAAAAAUACGUGCAAAGCAUUCACUGGAGAGAGGCUUUGAAUAUCUUAAAGUUGGUCGUGUCUCGAUCGGCCAGCCUGGUGUUGCCUUCCUACCAGCACAGUGACCUCUCAAAGAUAGAAAUACAUCGUGUGUGGACUAGUGCUUCCAAGGAGCUACCUGGAAAAACCUUGGACUUUCACUUUGACAUUUCAGAGACACCAAUCAUUGGGAGGCGGUAUGAUGAACUACAGAAUUCUUCUGGGCGUGAUGGGAAGCCUAGGGCCAUGGCAGUUACCCGGAGCACAUCAUCCACCUCAUCAGGCUCCAAUUCCAAUGUUCUUGUUCCAGUCAGCUGGAAAAGGCCUCAGUAUUCUCAGAAGAGGACAAAAGAAAAGUUGGUGCAUGUCCUUUCUCUGUGUGGCCAAGAAGUAGGAUUAAGCAAAAACCCAUCCGUGAUUUUUUCCUCGUGUGGGGACUUGGAUCUGCUGGAGCAUCAGACGAGCCUGGUAUCUUCCGAGGACGGCGCCAGGGAACAGGAGAACAUGGACGACACAAACAGCGAGCAGCAGUUUAGAGUCUUUAGGGACUUCGAUUUCCUAGACGUGGAGCUGGAGGAUGGAGAGGAACUUCAGGGUGAGAGUAUGGACAAUUUCAACUGGGGAGUGCGCAGGCGUUCUCUGGACAGUCUGGACAAGUGUGACAUGCAGACCCUGGAAGAACGCCAACUCUCAGGAAGCCCUCCCAGUCUAAAUAAAAUGAACCAUGAGGAUUCCGAUGAAUCAUCUGAGGAGGAGGACCUCACAGCCAGCCAGAUCCUGGAGCACUCCGAUCUAAUCAUGACCCUCUCCCCCUCUGAAGAGGCCAACCCCAUGGAAUUGCUCACCACAGCCUGUGACUCAACUCCUGCUGACUCUCAUUCUUUUAUCACCAGAAUGGCCAGUUUUGAUGCUUCCUUGCCUGAUAUGAAUAACCUGCAGAUUUCUGAGGGUUCAAAGGCUGAUGCUGUGCAGGAGGAGGAAGAUACCACUGUGCAUGAGGAUGAUCUUUCAAGUUCCAUUAAUGAGCUGCCCGCGGCUUUCGAAUGCAGUGACAGCUUCAGUCUGGAUAUGACUGAGGGAGAGGAAAAAGGCAACCAGUUUACUCUUGCAAGCUUUGGAGAAGGUGACAGGGGAGUUUCUCCCCCUCCCUCGCCUUUCUUCUCGGCCAUCCUUGCUGCCUUUCAGCCCACAGCCUGUGAUGAUGCUGAGGAAGCCUGGCGCAGCCACAUCAACCAGCUUAUGUGUGACUCAGAUGGCUCCUGUGCAGUGUAUACAUUUCACGUGUUCUCCUCUCUGUUUAAGAAUAUUCAGAAACGAUUCUGCUUCCUAACCUGUGAUGCAGCCAGCUACCUUGGAGACAACCUCCGGGGAAUUGGAUCCAAAUUUGUCAGCUCUUCCCAGAUGCUCACCUCCUGCUCUGAGUGCCCCACGCUUUUCGUGGAUGCCGAGACCCUCCUUUCUUGUGGACUUCUAGACAAGCUCAAGUUCAGUGUUUUAGAACUGCAAGAAUAUUUGGACACCUAUAACAACAGAAAAGAGGCCACUCUCUCAUGGCUUGCAAAUUGUAAGGCAACAUUUGCAGGCGGAUCAAGAGAUGGAGUGAUUACCUGUCAACCAGGGGACUCAGAAGAAAAGCAAAUGGAAUCUCUUGCACAACUGGAACUAUGUCAGAGAUUAUAUAAGCUACACUUCCAGCUGCUGUUGCUUUUUCAAUCCUACUGUAAACUCAUCGGCCAGGUGCAUGAAGUGAGCUCCAUGCCAGAGCUACUAAAUAUGUCCAGGGAACUGAGUGACCUGAAAAGAAAUCUGAAGGAGGCCACCGCAGCCAUUGCUGCGGACCCUCUUUACACAGAGGGAGCCUGGUCUGAGCCAACCUUCACGUCCACUGAAGCAGCCAUCCAGUCCAUGCUGGAGUGCCUCAAGAACAACGAACUUGGCAAAGCUCUACGGCAAAUCAGGGAAUGCAGAAGUCUGUGGCCCAACGACAUCUUUGGAAGCAGUUCUGAUGAUGAGGUCCAGACACUACUGAAUAUCUAUUUCCGUCACCAGACUCUGGGACAGACAGGUACAUAUGCACUGGUGGGAUCAAACCAGAGCCUGACCGAAAUUUGCACCAAACUGAUGGAGCUGAACAUGGAGAUCCGGGACAUGAUUCGCAGGGCCCAGAGUUACCGAGUCCUCACUACUUUUCUCCCAGACUCCAGUGUUUCUGGCACUAGUCUCUGACAGGAGCCUCCCGUCCCCCAUGGUUUCCAAGCUGGCGGUGCUGCCAUGCUGGGGCGACGUCAUUCAGUGUCUUCUCAGCCUUCACAAGGCUUGGACAGACUGUUCUCCCUCUUGUUACAUGUAGGACUUUUUCUAAAGAGGAUGGCAGAACUGCCAAUAUGUAGCAAUACCAUAAGAACCAAGGGAGCAUAGGACAUCUUGAGACAGACUCCACCUGUCAUAUGCUGUGUGGCACAAAUGUGUUUUCCUUUUACUGAGCAAACGCAACUCACUACUGAAGAAGUGACUUCCAUUGCAUACCAAAGCCGACGACACUGAACAAUACCUUUCUAGAAGCAGUUUUAGAUUGGCAAAAGUGCAAUGUUUUCCUCAUUUAAAGAGAUUUAUAUUCUGAAACU